CACUCUGAUCGUGCACUCAUACAACCGUUGGAUGCUGCUCUUCGUCUUUGGAAUAUGUAUAGUGCUGAAUGAGAUUACAAUAUUUUAACCUAUCAGAAAUGUGGCUCAUACAAAAGAUCAGAGAAACGGUCCAAAAGAAUGCCUCCUAUCAAAACAGAUCACACAAUGGUAGCACUUCUAAACCUCGCCUCUCACUACGACUGCACUGCAAUGUCUUGACUCCAGAUAAGAUUCCUGACUUUUUUAUACCACCAAAACACACCCAGUCCACAGAGAGCUUGGAGCAGCUCCUGGCACAACAUAAGUCUGACUCCAGUCCGGUAGAAAACCAUUCCAAGCAUCUUGGAAAGGUUUCAUUGCUUCACACACAGUCAAAAACUCAAAGUAAAGACAGUGACAUAUUAGAAUUUAUGGAAAUCAACAAUCAACACAUCAUAGAAAUUGACAGUAUUGAAGACAGUGACAUUCCCAGGAACAAGAUAUCACUGAAGGAGUGCGCAACUUGCCCUUCAUCAAGAUGGCUUCCUGAUGCGGCCAGCUGCUAUGGAUUUACAGGAUUCUUUGAAAGCCCCAACACAAGAAGAAAGGAGUCAUUAUUUCAUAUUGAUUUCAGAAGUUUCAACCUGCAGAAAAGCAGGGGCAAGCUCCCUACUAAACAGCUACAGUCUUUCAGUGGAUGUUUGGCACAAGAAAGCUUAAAUAUUUCUAAGUUACAAAUGUCUGCGUGCAUUCCUUGUCAUUGCUGCACUGCUGACAAAGACAAUGGGGUUCCCUGUGUGUCCUUUACGCUACCAUCUCAUUUCCAGCUAGGAUCCUCUGUGUUUGAUAGCACAGACCAUCAGGACUUCUCAGGUGGUGAUUCCAGGUCCACCUCCCAAUUGCUACAGGAGAACAGCUUAUCCUCCAUACAUGACUGUAGCUCUUUAAACAGCUGUCCCUGUACACAUCAGAAAACAUUGUUUCCAUGCUCCAUGCAAACAACAGCAUGUUCCCUUGCACCACCAGCUUUUUAUUCCUUUAAAUUUCUUCAGUGCCAAGAGUGGCUUCAAAAAGAACAUUUACUGCCAUUGAUAGGAAGAGGACAGAUCCGCCUGUCUGUAGAAUACAAGUCAGGCAGCUGCACCCUUCGUAUACGGGUGGUGUCGAUGGAGGAUUUGUAUGACAAGUUGUUUGAUGAGCGGUGCAUCCACUGUUGUGUUAUUUUGUGCUUAAUCCCAGGAAAACUACAAAGGCAACAAAGUGCAAUCAUAAAAAACAGCAAAAACCCCAUCUUUAAUGAAGACUUCUUCUUUGAUGGAGUCACAGGAGAAGAACUUAACAGCAUGUCCUUAAAGCUUAAGGUCAUUAAUAAGGCAUCUAGCUUGAAACGAGACACAGUGCUUGGCAGUAAUGAACUUCCCCUCUUCCAGUUAUUACCUCAUUAA